UUCGUCUGUCUUUCCAGUCAGCAAUGGGCCCUUCUCCACAUCAAUUCGUAGGAUUCUUCUUCAUCUUGGCUUCUGCCACGAGUACGAACUUGCACAGAAGACUGCCUAGGAACGUCGUACCGGUACACUAUCACAUCGACUGGGUAGUCACCAAAUGCGAAUUCUCCGGAAAGGAAUCAAUCGAUCUCGAAGUGCGGAACUCCACCGAUAGCUUUAAACUUCAUUCAAGGGACCUUCAAGUUGACUUCGAAACGGUGAAAAUUACGAAACUUUCUACCAACGAAGAUGUAAACAUCGUGCUCGUAAACGGCGAGAAUAAGGACGUCGAGAGCUUUGAGUACUUCACGAACGACGACUCCCCUCGAAACUUAAGUGUCAACUCGGUCAAAGGAGACAGGCUUAAAGUGUCACUGAGCGAACCGUUAGAGGUUGGAUCCAAAUACAGGCUUUACAUGGAGUUUAACGGGACCAUGAACUCGAGGAAGGCGUUCGGCUUCUACUGCCAGAGAUAUCGCCAUGGUAACCAGACCAAGUGGUUAGCGUCUACUAGCUUUGAACCAGGGAAUGCCAGGUCUGCGUUUCCAUGUUUCGACGAGCCGGGACUCAGGGCGAACUUUACAAUUUCAAUAACCCACGACAAGAAAAUGACAGCGCUUUCCAAUAUGCCGCUAAGUUCUUCGGCUCCUUCAGAUCUAGGCGAAGACUGCGUCGUGGACACGUUUGAGACUUCACCGAAAAUGUCGACGUACUUAGUAAGCGCUUUUGUCGGUGAGUACGACCACAUCGACUCGAAGUAUUUGAAAAACAAACCGAUUCGGGUUUGGGCUCAUAAAGAAAAGGUGUCGUACGGGGACCUCCCGCUUCGAUUGACAGCAAGGCACCUUUCUUUCCUGCAAAAUUAUACUGGAGUGUCAGACCCCAUGCCGAAACAGGACUUACUGGCGAUUAGAAAUUUCGCCGCUGGAGGGGUUGAAAACUGGGGUUUGAUUACCUAUGACGAACGUUUUCUUCUUUUCAAUCCUCGCCACCGUAGAAAUAAGCAGGUGGUGCUUCGUGCUUGCAACUUAAUCGCCCAUGAGCUGGCGCAUAUCUGGUUCGGCAACUUGGUCGCCCUGGACUCGUGGAGGGACAUUUGGCUCAACGAAGGCUUUUCCACGUACUUCGCGGCGCUUUCCACUAACAAAGUGUACCGAGAAUAUGAUACCCAGGCUUGGAUACUUGCAAAAGAGAGUGCGAUGUUGAGGGACUGCAAGUGGACGACUCACCCUUUGAGACCCGAUUUGGAAUUGGACGCUAGAGACAUUUUUGACGAAAUAACGUAUUACAAAGGGUCUUCCAUACUUAGAAUGCUGAAUUUCACACUUGGUGAAGAUGUUUUGAAGGAAGGCGUUAGGAAUUAUCUGCAAGAGAAGCUCUAUUCCACCGCGUGCCACAAAGUUCUAUGGGCCAACCUGGAGAAAGCUGCGGUCGCUGCUGGUCAUAGCUUUCCAGAAGGUGUCACUCUCGAGCAAAUCAUGGACGCUUGGUUAAAUAAACCCGGCUACCCGGUAGUCACAGUCAGUCGCGAUUACACCACCGGAGAAGUCACCAUUUCACAGAAAAGUGUUUUGGAAAAAGAAGAAGAACUGAGGGAGGAGAGCGAAUCAGAUGGGUGGUUUGUACCUCUCAGUUACACGUUCCAAGAUGAAAAGGACUCGACCGUGCGGACCAAGAUUUGGCUGGACCCGAGACAACCGAAUCUCACGAUCCCCGAUCCCGCUGCACCCGACAGAUGGCUUCUGUUCAACCUCAUGGGAGCCAGUUACUGCAGAAUACGUUACGAUAGUACGAACGCCAAAUUUCUGCUUAACGACCUUUCCAACUUUUGGAUCGAUGACAGGGUUUUAGUCUUGUCUGAUAUGUUGGAAUUGGCGAGGAUCGGUUUCGCUCCUGUAGAGGGUACGUUCGACGCUCUGACCUUCCUCAAGGACGAGCUUUCGCCAUAUCCCUGGUUGGCCUUACUAUCUUCCACGUCAAAAACUGUAUCUUUCUUUGAAGGAACUGAGCUGGAGUCUAUUUAUGUUGACUUUUUGAAUGGGAUUCUCUCAUCCGGCAUGGAAAGAUUGGACGAAAGCUCCCCCCACAGAAAAGAGCUGAUCACCUUAUCUUGCAAAUUGGGUGUCGAACAAUGCACCAAAAUGGGACGAGAACUCUUCCGAAAAUGGGCAGAAAAUCCUAAUAACGAAAUCCCUGAGGACAUUCGAUACCCGGUGGUUUGCCUCGGGGUGGCAGAAGGGGACGCCAAAACCUGGGAGUUGGUCAACAACAGGUUGUCAACUUCUCACGAAGCGUCAGAAAAGAAAGAUAUCCUCAAAGCACUUGCGUGCAGCAAAGACGAGAAACUACUACUAAAGUAUCUUCAAUACGGACUGUCGUCAAAUAAAACAGCUUUUUCGGGAAAGAAAUUGUCUGUCAUUUUGAAAUCUCUUGCUAAACAACAUCCCGAUUUCGUCCUUAACACUCUAUCGGAAAAAAAUGUGGCACCGCCAAAGCAUAAUACAAAAUGGCAGAGGCUCCUGGAAAUCUUAGCAGAUCAGGUCAAUAGCCCCGAACGUCUUGAGAAAUUCACCUAUAUCGUCAGCGGAAGUUCUGAUUCUUUCAAAUCGGCUGUAAGGAAAAGCCCGUUGCUGACAAUCGCUGAAUCCAACCUCGAAUGGUUUAGCAACAAUAAGCACGAUGCUGAAGCUUGGCUCAGAAACCACCAGCAAAUGAAAAGACAAGUUUAAAAUUUCAUUGUAAACAACGUAGGGUUCGUUUUUUUAAAAUAGAUUUGUUUAUUAAUUUUUUACACGUGUUAAUGUUUCGUAUUUAUUGCUGUAAAUUGUUUAAAU